AUGAGCGCUGCGAGAACCUUCUGGGCUUUUGCUCAAGUUUGGUUCAACGAGUUUCCAGAUUGGAACACCAAGAGUGAUCAGCUUUCCUUAUGGACUUCAUCUUAUGGUGGUAUGUACGGACCACACUUCUUUUCCUAUUUCCAAGACCAAAACAAACUCAUCAAAAACGAAACACCAUCUCUCGAAAACACCACGACCCUCAACCUCGCAACCCUUGGGCUUGACGAACCCGGAAUAGACUACCGUGCAAUGGCAAGGGGGUACCCGAUGUUCGGCCACAAUAACACCUACGGAAUCCAGGUUUUGUCAGAAGAUGUGUAUGAGGAGCUCAUGACUAAUAUUGUGGCCCCUGAUGAAGGAUGCUACGCUCUCAUCGAUCGGUGCCGUGCGUUGGUGUCGGAAGGUGAUCCUGAGAGGUUUGGGACUAACGAGACUGUGAAUGAAGCGUGCGUGGAGGCGACAAACAUGUGCUUUGGAGUUAUCCAAGGCGCAUAUGGAGAACUAUCUGAUCGCUCCCCCUUCGACGUCACUGUUUCCAACGUUACAGUGCUCCCGUGGCAUUACAUGGACAACUACCCCAACCAGGCCUGGGUACAGCAAGAGCUCGGCGUACCUCUCAACUUCACCGCCGACUGGGGACUCAUCGCCAAAGUCUUUCUUGGGGAAACCGGCGAUAGUUAUGCCCUCUUGAGAACGAAAAUUGCGAACCACUAUAACUGUGUGAAGGAUUACAAGGGAGACUACAAUCUCUGCCUACGCCACGUCAUCCGGGACGCAUCCUUCACAUGCAACACGAGAGACCUCCUCGACUCGUAUCCGCAGCAGGCCUACGCCAUGAACUACGGCUUUCCCAAUGACAAAUUGGCCUAUCAUGUAAUUGAUCUAGUCCCGCUAUUCGUUAAUGUAGAUAUAUGGGGACAGAUCGCGACUAUGUUUGUGGUAGGGUUCAACUACUCUAUCCCAGCGGCAGCCGAAUGGGGACGACAACUGCGCACAACGGUCAUAACGCCCUACCUGCGAUACUUUUCGUCGUUCGCACGGUAUGGAAAUACUAAUGGUACUGGAGAUCGUGGAUGA